UGCCGGGGAAGACCAAAAAAUUUCGGAUUUUCCAUAUCAACGAAUAAUAGUAGGCUAAAUUCAGUGUUCGAGAUGGUCAUUGCGAUCGGAUUCGAAGGGAGUGCCAAUAAGAUAGGCGUUGGAAUCGUAAAGGAUGGGGAAGUGCUGGCCAAUGAACGGGAAACGUACAUCACACCGCCCGGUGAAGGAUUCCUCCCAAAAGAGACAGCCCAGCAUCACCGGUCACGUAUUUUGGACAUUCUGAAACGUGCACUAGCAGCCUCUGGUCUUUCGCCACAGGACAUCGAUGUAGUUUGUUACACCAAAGGACCCGGCAUGGCACCGCCGUUGCUGACCGUAGCGAUCGUCGCCCGUACGGUGGCCCAAAUAUGGAACAAACCGAUACUGGGGGUGAACCACUGCAUCGGCCACAUCGAGAUGGGUCGUUUGAUAACGAAAGCAGCGAACCCCACGGUACUGUACGUAAGCGGUGGCAACACGCAGAUCAUUUCCUACGCUUGUAAACGGUACCGGAUCUUUGGUGAAACGAUCGACAUUGCGAUCGGUAACUGUUUGGAUCGGUUUGCCCGGAUCAUUCACCUGUCGAAUGAUCCGAGCCCCGGUUAUAAUAUUGAGCAGAUGGCCAAGAAGGGUCAAAACUAUGUUCCACUGCCAUACUCGGUGAAAGGGAUGGACAUGAGCUUCUCGGGCAUCCUAUCGUUCAUUGAGCAGAAAGCACGACCAAAGGGAAGGCAGGCACGGAAGGCCAAAGUGGAGGACGCUGACCAGUGGACGGACGAAGAUUUGUGCUUUUCGCUGCAGGAGACCCUGUUCGCGAUGCUGGUAGAAACGACGGAACGUGCUAUGGCACACACGGGUUCUCGUGAGGUUCUAAUUGUUGGGGGUGUUGGGUGUAAUGUGCGGCUGCAGGAGAUGAUGAGUGUGAUGUGUGAGGAGCGAGACGCAAAGCUGUUUGCCACCGAUGAACGGUUCUGCAUCGAUAACGGAGUCAUGAUUGCGCACGCCGGCUGGGAAAUGUUCCGCAGUGGUACGCGGAUGGCUUGGGACGAAACGACGAUCACGCAACGCUUCCGAACAGACGAGGUCGAAGUGACCUGGCGGGAUGAUUGAUGUACCGAAAAGUGGAAUAAAAUGACUCGUUGGUUCCUUGUUUCAAUAUAACAACUAAACUUUAUUCG